GCUUAAUAUAAAAAUUCUCGAUCAGUCCAUAAAAUACUCACCAACCCCCCUUAAGACUUUUGACGAACAAAACGCCUAUUCGAGUCUAUCAUCUAUCUAGCUACGAAGUUGGAAGUAUAAGCACGUCACUUUAGCAUCGUCAGCAUCUCCAUCAAUGGCUAGCGCAAGUGUAGGUGUUGGUGUUGGUGGUGAACCUCAACAUAACAACAAUAAGCUCACUCUAUAUUCAUAUUGGAGAAGUUCAUGUUCCUUCCGUGUCCGAAUCGCUCUCAACCUCAAAGGACUCAAAUUUGACUACAAACCAGUUAAUCUUUUGAAGGGAGAACAAUAUCAUCCUGAAUUUCUCCAGCUCAACCCUGUUGGUUUUGCUCCCAUUCUUGUUGAUGGCCCUGCUGUAAUUUUUGACUCCUUUGCAAUUAUCAUGUAUUUGGAAGAUAAGUAUCCUCAACAUCCUUUACUCCCUACUGAUAUCCAUAAAAGAGCAAUCAAUUUCCAGGCUGUGAGUAUUGUUUCUUCAUUAAUACAACCUCUUCAAAACCUAGAUACUCUGAAGUACAUCGAUAAAAGAGUUAGCCGGGAUGAUAAACUUCCAUGGGUCCAGAGUAUAAUAAGAAAAGGCUUCACAGCACUUGAAAAGCUAUUGAAAGAACACACUGGGAGGUAUGCUACUGGAGAUAAAGUUUUCAUGGCGGAUAUAUUUUUAGCACCUCAGUUACAUGCUGCAUCUAAGAGAUUCAACAUUGACAUGCAGAAUGAGUUUCCUAUUCUUUCAAGACUACAUGAGACAUAUUAUGAUAUGCCAGCAUUCCGAGAGACUUUGCCAGAGAAUCAGCCAGAUGCAGUAGGCCAGCUGAGUCAAUGAUUUGGGACUGAAGUGGAAAAUGGAGACAGCUGAGGUCUACAAUAUCACAGGUGGAUGGAACAAACUUGUAGCAGAAAACAAUUGGAAAAAAGACGAGAACUUAUUUGCUUUUGCACAAACUAUUUGCCUAUCGAUGACUCACUUUGGACAAUGUAAUACAAGACCAAACCCUGAUGACGCAUAAUAACAAAAUUUGUACACACUAAUGUCAAAUAUUGUAUCACCACAUUAUCAACAAACCAUGUUAAACAAUUUGCCAAUGUAAUUUUAUUAUAAACUUGCACAUUAUGAUGCUUUAUUACUUA